CUUCGAACUGUCAGUUUUCCCUUUAAACCGCGCUGUUAUUGUUUUUGUGUUACGCCGAUCCGAGAGUGUUAUUUCGUAUUAAUUUUAGUGCUAUAAUGUCGUUUUAUAAUCGUGCCCUAAAACUAAAUCAGUUUUCCCGGUUCCUGCACACUGUUCCCAGUAAUCUCCCAGCGAGUUCCUCCCGAUCUACCUCAGGAAUAUUAGCCUCCCGACUGCGGGAGCCAUUAGGAGUAAUUCCUCAGCAGCGGCGGUUAGCCCUAUGCAGCACAAUAGGAAGUAAUGGCUGCGUUUUCCAUUAUGGUCAAAGGUGCAGCUAUUCUACUGAAGCACCGGAUGAGCUUCCACCCCGAGGACGUGGGCGUACUCUUCCUAAACUGAUGGACUUCCCGGAAAUCAUCUGGCCAUCGAUUAUGAAAUCGAUCAAAAACUGGAUAAUGGUACACUUCAUUAUCCGGCCGUACUUUGAUCGGGAGUUCAGCCUGCCGGAAUUCGUCCAGGGCGCCAAACAGGCGCUGCAGGUCGUAUCAGCAUCCCUUGCGGGAGGUGAACUGAAAUCCCUGGACGGUCUUGUCGAUCGACAGACAUUAAACGAUUUGAAGAAUACCAUCGGAAAGAUGUCCGUUGCGCAACGGUAUGACCUGAUGGUGCAGAAGGAAGACAUCUAUUUUUCGUUCCCGUAUCAGGUUGGCGUGAUGUUUGACGAAGAGGACGAGGCGAGUCAAAAGCGAUUCGUCGAGAUAACUAUGGUGUUUCAUGUUCUAAAAGGCUUGAAAGGAAUGGUGGAACGAGGUGAAACUAUUCCGUUGAAUGUUGGAGUGAUGCCAGAGUACCGCGACAAGAUCAGUAUCUGCAACUAUCGUUUCAUCAAAGAGUUUACCAAAGGCGUCGAUUCGGACUGGACCGUCAACGUGGUGAGUCACUUCAAGCCCAGCGAUCUGAUUGACGAAUGAGAACACUGGGGUUGCGUAUCGACGGACGAAGGAAGGAAAUCGAACUUUCCUGUAGCUAGUUAGUGGGAUUGUGUAUAUUUUUUUGUGAAUAAAUACCAAACGUGACGAGGGUUGUUAGUGACCUACAAGAAUAUGAACCCUUGUUAUAUUUGGUGCCAACUCGUUGA